AACUAAGAUUUGUCUUACUAUUCAAUAAACCUGAGAUUUGCCAACAAUUAUUAUUUCAAGAAGAAAGCUCUCAUCCUAAACAAGUCAACUGAACUCAACUCUCUUUUUUCCCAUGCCAAUAGAGUUGAAUUUGAGAUUUUUAGAGCCAAGAUAUUCCUUUGUGCUGAGCACAACUUGAUGAAAGAAACUAAAAUCCGAAGGACAAAAAACGAAAAAAUUGCAUAAUUCUUUGGUAGAAUUGAUGGACAGAAGGCUGAGGGAGGCUGCUCAAAAAGGAGAUGUGCAUCAGUUGCAAAGCUUGAUCAAAGAAGUCCCUUUUCUGCUCAGCACAGUUUCAUUAGCAGGUAGUAAUGAAACUCCUCUGCAUAUUGCUUGUUUGAGUGUCCAUCUUGAGUUUGCUAAGGAGAUUAUUCAUUUGAGGCCAGAAUUUGCAAGAGAACUAAACCAGGAUGGUUUCAGCCCUUUGCAUAUUGCCUCAGCAAAUGGAGAUAUAGAGAUUAUGAAGGAGCUAUUGAACGCUGACCGUAAUCUAUGCCUUCUCAAGGGGAAGGACAGAAGAAUUCCCCUUCACUAUGCAGUAAUCAAAGGCAGAAAACAUGUCAUAAGGGAGCUUCUUGUGGCUUCUCCAGAUUCUGCAGCAGAAGUAACUGCUCGUGACGAGACUUGCCUUCAUUUAGCAGUCAAGAAUCAUCAGUUUGAAGCUUUCAAAUUAUUACUUGAGAAUCUCAAAGAAUUUAACAAGCAUGGUCUUUUAAACAAGAAGGAUAUCCAAGGAAACACUGUUUUGCAUCUUGCAGUCUCAACUAAGCAAUACGAGGUUAUCGAUCUAUUGCUCGACGAAAAUUUUGUUGCUAAGGGCACUAUUGAAGUGAAUUCUUUGAAUAAAGGAGGCCUUACACCUUUGGAGGUACUACUUGAGGAAGCUGGAGAUAGAGAUAUUGAGGAAAUUCUAAGAACAUCUGGUGCUGUAUCUGCUGAAAACUUGCGAUCUUUGCAACAAGAAGGCUUGCCACAAUCUUGGGUUGUUCCAGUUCAAGAUCCAUCAAAUGACCAAUCCAGCAGAGAGCAAACAAGGGACGGGCCUCGAUCUAAUUCUAAGAAGCUUCAGGAUUUCUUUAAGUAUAAUAAAACCAAAGACUGUCCAGGAAAAGUAAGAGACACCCUUCUCGUGAUAACUAUUCUAAUUGCAACAGCAACUUAUCAAACAGUACUUAGUCCACCAGGAGGCGUUUGGCAGGACACUUACUGGCCUGAUCACAAUAACAGCAGCAGUAGUGAUGACAUAACGUCCUUGCGACAUAUUGCAGGACAGUCAGUGAUGGGUACCAACAAUCCAAUUUCCUAUGGCUUGUUCUUGGUUUUCAACUCCAUCGGAUUUUUCGUUUCCCUUCACACAAUAAAUUUCCUCACCAUAGGAUUUCCGUUGCAAUUGGAACUGCAGGUCUCACUUGUUGCCUUGAUAGCAACCUAUGAUACUGUGAUGUCUGCCAUAACGCCUAACCGGGGAAUUUCUCUCUUCUUUACCAUCUUUUCCAUAGUCUUUCCAGUUUUCUUGCCUCACAUUACAAAGUUGUUGAGAAAUCAUUGCAAGAAACCUAAAUUUAUUAUCAAGAUUUGUGAGCUGUUUAGAUAGUUGAACAACAUCUUCCAAUAUUUGAUUCUUUUUUUGAGCUCAGAAAUAUGCGAGGUGAUUUAAUAUAAGAUGUGUGCCAAGGUCUUUGGGUUCUUUUCUGCCAAAGGUCUUAGACGUGAGAAGAGAUCACCAAUUUUUUUUUAGGUGCGAUUCUCAUCGAAUAUUUAGAAGACCAUUGAAAUGUGCCAAAGAAUCGCAAAGCAUUAAGAAAGGGAUCGAUUGCAUAUGAGUUGUGUUU